AUGAGGACUCGUAGUAAUUCAGGGGUGCGUUUAGAUUAUUACCAGCGGGUUGUGCACAAGCUAAUUUUAGAUCACCAGCAGCCUGUGACAGGAUUGUUUCCCGCAAGCCCUCACAAUGAUCAUGCUUGGAUUAGAGACAACCUUUACUGUAUUUUGGCAGUAUGGGGACUAUCUAUGGCGUUUAAGAAAAUUGCUGAUCAAGAUGAAGACCGUGCCAAAACAUAUGAAUUAGAGCAAAGUUGCGUCAAGCUAAUGAGAGGUCUCCUUAUGGCUAUGAUGCAACAAAAAGACAAAGUAGAGAAAUUCAAGAGUACUCAGCACCCCUUAGAUUCUCUCCAUGCCAAGUAUUCUUCUACCACCGGCCGCAUCGUGGUCAAGGACACAGAGUGGGGUCACCUACAGAUUGAUGCUAUCUCCCUCUACCUUCUCAUUCUUGCACAGAUGACAGCAUCUGGACUUCAAAUUGUUUUCUCUUUAGAUGAAGUUUCAUUCAUCCAGAAUUUAGUGUUUUACAUUGAAUCAGCUUAUUGCACUCCUGAUUAUGGAAUUUGGGAAAGAGGUGACAAGACUAACCAUGGUCUGCCAGAGUUAAAUGCCAGCUCCAUUGGCAUGGCAAAAGCAGCUCUUGAAGCUAUGAAUGAGUUGGACUUGUUUGGUGCUCGUGGUGGUCCUUCUAGUGUUAUUCAUGUGCUGGCUGAUGAAGCCCAAAAAUGUCAGGCUGUACUGCAGUCCAUGCUGCCAAGAGAAUCAAAUAGUAAAGAGUUAGAUUCAGGUUUACUGUCUAUUAUAAGUUAUCCAGCUUUUGCUGUAGAUGACCCCCAGUUGAUUGCAAUAACAAGGGACACCAUUGUUGCUAAACUCCAAGGAAAAUUUGGAUGCAAGAGAUUCCUCAGGGAUGGACACAAAACACCUAGAGAGGAUCCCAAUAGGCUGUACUAUGAGCCUUGGGAACUUAGGAUGUUUGAAAACAUAGAAUGUGAAUGGCCAUUGUUCUUCUGUUACCUGAUAUUGGAUUAUUGUUUUAAAGGUGAUAAAAACAAUGUGACAGAGUACACACAGUUGUUGGAAAAGAUUAUGCUGAGGAAAGAUGAUGGUAUCAAGUUGGUUCCUGAACUGUAUUCAGUGCCACCUGACAAGGCUGACCUGGAACAGCAGAAUCCUGGAAGCCAGGAGCGAAUACCCUUGGGCAGGUGCCCCUUCAUAUGGGCCCAGUCUUUAUACAUUCUAGGAAAGUUAUUACAAGAGGGUUUCCUAGCUGUUGGAGAAUUAGAUCCUCUUAACAGAAGGUUAUGUUCAGAGAAAAAGCCUGAUGUGGUUGUUCAGAUUGUGAUUCUUGCUGAAAAUAAUGAAAUCAGAGAUAAAUUGCUAGAGUAUGAUCUGCAUGUGCAAACUAUCAGUGAUGUGGCUCCUAUUGAAGUCCAACCAGCAAGAGUUUUAAGCCAUUUGUACACAUAUUUAGGUCGUAACAAGAAAUUAGGUUUAUCUGGCAGAAAAUCCCGUGAUGUAGGUAUUUUAAGUACAAGCAAACUGUACUCUUUGAAUGACCGCAUAUUCGCAUUUACACCACAGAACUUCGACUACGAAGAAUACUACAUGUCGCGCGACCCGGCGCUCCUCGCCAGCACGUUCACGGCUAACGUCGCGUUCCUUGGCAUGAGCUGGAAGCAAAUGCUUGGCCGACCGACGAUCACAUUACUCGCUACGCAGUAUUUGUUAGAUCAGGGUAAAAUCCCAAUGGCGAUGAUAACGACUAUGAAAAAGCUUAAAUCUGGUUACAUCAACGGUACAAGAGUAACUCUUGGUAAUCUCGGAGAGUUUUUGAGCACAUCCGCCAUUACUAAUUUGAGUUUCCUUGGCAGUCAAGAGGAUGGAUAUCCUGAUAAAUUAAACCCAGAAGUUCAGAGUUAUUUAGAAGAGCACUUAUUAAAGUCGUUUAGCAACAAGAUCAACUUCCUGCCACGUCCAGCAGGAGCUAGGAAUGCGCGCGCAAUGCGCCGCCGUAUGUCAGUGCGUGGAGCUAUUAAGAAAACUAGAUCUAUCAAUGUGGAUUCUGAAACGUUAGGUAUGGAAGGAGAGUCAGUGGGUCGUUCUUUGGAGCGUAAGCCGUCGUGGCUUGAUGUGGACCCUGCUACGUAUGGACGCAGUCCGUCGCCUGAGGAUGCUAAACGCCGAGCGUUCACUAAGGGAACAUCGACGACGUCUUUAGCCGUCUCCACACCUACCAUUGAAGUGACAAAAGAAAAGUCUCCGUCACCACCUGAAGCGAUAGUAAACAAGAAUCUUACGAACAUAGUUCGCAAUCGCACCACUUCAGAGUCCCAGAACUCUGUAUACGCUGAACAAGAGACGGACGAGCUCAUCGCCAUGUUACGUGAGACUGAGAGUCUGGACGAGCAGGGAGACAUACUGCAGUAUCUCGUCGAUACUCAUGGACUGGACUUUAGUACAGGCAUGCAAGAAAACGGGAAAAUGGUGACCGUGAAAGACCUUUUAAAGGUUCUUUACGAGAAGGCUUGUACUCAAAAGCUCUGGGGACUCGUCCGUCACACGGCGGGUAUGCUCGGCAAGAGAGUUGAGGACCUCGCAAAGGCUGUAACGGAUUUGUUGGUGCGACAGAAACAGAUUACUGUGGGCAUGCCUCCCAACAAUGAACAUACUAUCACCGCUCCGUUGCCAGAGAAUGAAUUGAGGCAGCUUAUACAUCAGUCAUUUCGUCAUGAAAAUCAAGGGAAUGAACAGAAGAAGGCGUAUGGCGACGACGAGAGUACAGCCAUGUUGACUCAGGAGCUGCUGGUCUACCUCGCCAUGUUCAUCCGCACUGAACCACAACUCUUCCUAGAGAUGUUACGACUUCGUGUCGGACUUAUCAUACAGGUUAUGGCCACAGAGCUGUCGCGAACAUUGUCAUGUGAUGGUGAAGAGGCGUCUGAACAUUUGUUGAACUUAUCACCUUUUGAGAUGAAGAAUUUGUUACAUCACAUCCUCAGCGGAAAGGAGUUUGCCAUUAAUAGCGUUGGUCGCGGUAACUUCUCUAUAGUGAGCAACAAAUCUCAUAGAUAUGGAAAGAAGUCACAGAUUGUUCUAGAGGGCCAGUCUCUACAGGGCGGAAUUGAAGAAGCACCUAUAACUGAGCCAGAUCGUCAGGGCCAAUGGUUGCGUCGACGCAGGCUCGACGGAGCAUUGAACCGCGUGCCACGUGACUUCUACCCUCGCGUGUGGGGUGUCUUGGAAAGGUGUCAAGGCUUAAUUAUUCAAGGAAAGAUCUUGCAACCGAAUUUGACUCAAGAAAUGACGUCAGGAGAGUUGAAAUUCGCGCUUGCAGUGGAAACAGUACUGAAUUCGAUCCCACAGCCGGAGUACAGGCAGUUAGUUGUGGAAGCCCUCAUGGUGUUGACAUUGGUCGUGGAGUAUAAGGCCGUAGCGCACCUGGGAGGAACUAUCGAGGUUGAGAGUCUGGUCCACAGAGCCAACCAAAUAUUCUUAGAUGACCAGAUGCGAUGCAACGGCGACGCAACUCUCUGUUGCGCAAAGGAAGGGUCUCGUGGGGGUUCUCUAGUCUGUGGCGGCGCGGCCGGGGUCUGUCAACAUUUGUACGACAGCGCGCCGUCUGGCUCGUACGGCACCAUGACGUACCUGGCCCGGGCCGUCGCGGCACUACUGGCAGACACCAUGCCUCUCGACUCGCCCAUCGAGUGCACCAUCACUUAA